AUGCCACGCCGGGGCCUAGUUGCCGGGCCAGACUUUGAGUAUUUCCAGCGUCGGUAUUUCACGCCGGUUGAGGUGGCCCAACACAACCAGCCAGAAGACCUCUGGGUGUCUUACCUGGGAUACGUAUACGACCUAACGCCGUUGGCACAAGAGUACAAAGGAGAUCUGCUGCUGAAACCCAUCCUGGAAGUUGCGGGUCAGGACAUCAGCCACUGGUUUGAUCCAAAGACCAGAGACAUCCGCAAGCACAUAGAUCCGCUGACCGGUUCCCAGAGAUACCGCACCCCCCGGGGCCGCUUUCUUCACGUCCCGCCUCAACUGCCGCGUUCCGACUGGGCCAAUGAUUUCGGAAAGCCCUGGUGGCAGGGGUCGCGCUAUCAAGUGGGGCGGCUGUCCGCUAAGACCCGGAACAUCCGUAUCAUUAACACGCUCACGUCCCAGGAGCACACACUGGAGGUGGGGACCCUGGAAUCAAUGUGGGAAAUCUUACACCGCUAUCUCCCCUAUAACGCACAUGCUGCCAGCUACACAUGGAAAUAUGAAGGGAAGACUCUGAACAUGGACUAUACCUUGGAAGAGAAUGGGAUCCGAGAUGAGGAGGAAGAAUUUGACUAUCUCAAUAUGGAUGGUACACUCCACACACCUGCAAUAUUGCUCUACUUCAAUGAUGACCUCACAGAGCUAUAGGAAAAGAGAGAUAUAUGCUUAUGUAGACUCAAGACAUAUUUUGAAUUUGGCUGUUUCUGUACCCUAUAGGAAAAGAGAUU